CGGGUGAAGGCGUGGUGAGUGUGGCUCAAUGCGAGGCCGGCGUGUGCGCUACAGAGCCGCCGGGAGGAUGAACGCGGACGGCGGCUGCACGGCGGCUCCCCUCGCUGGCAGAAGCGACCGGGGAGAAUGCUGAGCGGGGCGGUGAUCGGUGUGCACGGGCAAGCGGUACCUCAUCAAUACCUGCGCGGGACAUAAGCAGAUCGAAGAUGGCCGAGGGCAGACUGUGCCAAGUGCAUCUGCUGGAUGACAGGAAGCUGGAGCUGCUGGUUCAGCCAAAGCUGCUGUCCUACGAACUCCUGGACUUGGUUUCUUCCCACUUCAACCUCAAGGAGAAGGAGUUCUUUGGACUGGCGUUUUUUGAUGAGCACGGUCAGCGUAAGUGGCUGCAGACGGACCGCAGAGUUCUCGACCACGACUUUUUGAAGAAGUCCGGGCCCGUUGCCCUAAACUUCCUGGUCAGGUUUUAUGUAGAAAACAUUACACAGCUCAAGGACAUCAUCACCGUGGAGUUAUUCUUCCUCAACGCAAAGUCUGCUGUCUACAACGGGUUCAUCGAAGUGGAAAGUGAGAAUGUCUUCAAAUUAGCUGCAAAUGCUCUGCAGGCGGCGAAGGGAGACUACACAAGUGAUGAAAACACAAGAGCCGACUUGAAGAAACUACCAACUCUUCCUACCAAAGUGCUCAAGGAACACCCAUCAUUUGCAUACUGCGAGGACCGAGUGAUUGAACACUACAAACAGCUGAAAGGAGUCUCUCGAGGACAAGCUAUCGUGCAGUAUUUGACGUUGGUGGAAUCUUUGCCCACGUACGGCGUGCAUUAUUACGAAGUGAAGGAUAAACAAGGGAUCCCGUGGUGGCUCGGAAUCAGCUACAAGGGCAUCGGCCAGUACGACCUGCAGGAUAAAUUAAAACCUCGAAAGCUUUACCAGUGGAAGCAGCUGGAAAACUUGUACUUCCGGGAGAAGAAAUUUGCCGUAGAGGUUAACGAUCCACACAGGAGAGCAGUCACCAAAAGGACUUUUGGGCAGACUGGCCUACUCAUCCACACGUGGUAUGCCAGCCAUUCUUUAAUCAAAACCAUUUGGGUCAUGGCCAUCAGCCAGCACCAGUUCUACUUGGACAGGAAGCAGACCAAAACUAAAUUAGGAACAGCAAGAAGUGUGGACGAAAUUGCCAUGGACCUCACGGAGCACGGAGGAGCAAAGAUAAACAGAUUGGGAGAUGCAGGCCUGAAGAAUAACUUAAUAACAGCCAGCAAUGGGAGUCUGGUGUCCACAGGUUCGGCCGACUCUGAAAUAAGUGAAGAACAGAAGAAAGAGAAACUCUCUGAACUGAGAAAAAAAGAGAUUGAGCUCCAAGAUAUUUUGGCCAAGAAAACAAAAGAACUGAAGAAGAUCUGCUUGAGAGAGGCGGAGCUGACCGGCAAGCUGCCAAAAGAGUAUCCCCUCUCUUCAGGUGAAAGACCGCCGCAAGUCAGACGGCGCGUUGGCACCACGUUCAAGUUGGACGACCUCUUCCCUUACAACGAGGAUCCCUUCUUGAGAAACCUGGAGAGCAGAUUUGCCCUGCAAAAAAAGAUUGUGGAGGCGGCAAAAAAGCUCGCGAAUGAGGCAGAGCUGUGCAAAACUGUCAAGAAGAAGAGGAGGCGGAACUGUUUGGAUGCCAUGCAGAAACUCCAGCAGAUAGAGGACGAGAUGAACCAGUACCGGAUCAAGAAGGGGAAAAAACCCACACAGCGGGCCUCAGUGAUCAUUGCCGAUGAGCUUGUCCGUUCAGACUGCAGCUCUUUGUCAAGUCUCCCGCUGGAUGACGAUGACUCAGACGGGGUCAGUCAGCGGCCGCGGUCACGAUCGGUGCAAGGCUCCCCUCAGCUGAGUCCCAUGCGCUCGCCGGGAGCAGAAUACGAGGCGGAGAGACAAGGACCCCCGAGGGACGAUCACCAGAACAAGAACCACAGCAGAUUAGCGUUUGAAGGCCAGGAUGCUUCCCACUAUUGCCACAGCCCGAGAGAGGUCUCCUCCACCCACAGUAGUCCCUAUAAAACCCUUCCCAGACCUGCCAGGGAUCCACGCAGCAUGCCUCCCACCCCGGUUAUGACCCGCAACGCCUACAGCAGCAGUCAGCUCAGGUCGGAGGGGUCUCCUCACGGCUUCAGGCACCGCAGCGGAAGCCUGGAGGCGCAGCCUCGCCCGAGGAAGGACGCCGACUCGGAGAAGCCCGUCUUUGUCCUGUCACCGGCCCACCGCAGCAACAGCACGGAGGUGUUAGAGGACUGCUCCUCCUACACCAGCCAGUCCAGUCUCGACUACUGCGGGGCGGCCCACUCCCACUACGGCACGCUGGACUCCCGGACCUCAACCAUGCAUCGUCUCCACAGGAAGGUGGAGGUGUACGGGAACACCGGGAGUAUGCCCAACUUGGUCCAGCACCAUUCUGGUUGCAGUUAUUCGUGUGAGAACUCAGCACACUACACGCCCAGUGCCUACUACGUCACCGGCUACCCCUGCCCGGACAUGGAGCCUUACGCUAACGGUGCCUACGGGUAUGAGAAUGACGUAGAGGGCCACUACAACGUCAACCCUUCCUACCAAAUAAAUGGGUAUCACGGACAUGACAGAUUCAGGAAUUACAGCAGCGAGCGGGCAGACAGUCUUUCCCAAAAUCCCUACGCGACGAUGAGGCCUCCGCGGACCAGGGAGGGGCCCAGAAACGAGCUGCUGGCCAAGAACAUGCAGAAGGCCCUGGUGGCGGAGCACCUAAAGGGGUGGUACCACCGCAGCAGGGGCCACAGGGAGGGAGGCAGGGGGAUGCUGGCUGGAUACGACUUCGACAGCGGCUCUCAGCUCAGUCUGGGCUACCAGACCAUGCCAGCGGCGUUCAGCCACUCCAGCAGAACCACGUCCUUUUCCUCAGUGUCCUCGGUGGAGAGCGCCGGGAACUGGCGCAACCAGCUGGCGGUCGGCCUGACCGAGUACGACGCGCCCGACGCGGCGCACUGCACGCACCCCGGAGCGCCUGCCUCUCCCUGCAACCGCAGUCCCUCACACACCAGGUCUCCUCCAGAAAGCAAAGUCUCUGACAUAAUGCCUAAACAAUCUGAGUCAGUUGCGGCGGUUGGCUCUCGGGCCGCUAGUGCAGACGAACCAUCAGACAACCGCUCUAGCACUUAAGGUUUUCACCUGGAUGGAAGCUACAUGAGUAUCCACUGAAGAGUGAACACAAGUACAGCCAGCAGCACAUGGAGACACAGGCUGGACACAAACUGCUGUUGCUUUCUUGGGCGAUGUUCUGGUUUUGGUGGCGUCUACGUGUCCUCAUGUUUAAGUAACCUCUGAACACAGCGAUGGCACUCUUCAAUGACUUUCCCAUGUGCCUUGGAUUGGAUGAAUUUUACAGGCAGAUGAGAAUGUGUCGAGGAACUUCUAGAUGUUGCACAACCACACUGGGCUCGAACCCUAUUGUGUUUUAAAGAUGGGGGGAAAAAAAGAGGCAAUGUGAUUUUACUGAAAUACAACUCUGUGUAUUUUAACGGGAACUAUCUUCUGCCUUAUAAAAAAAACAGUAGGUUAUAGAUUAAAAUGAUUUUCACCACAUUCAUCUCAGUAAAGUAUGAUCAAAAAUAGAGUUAAAAACAUCCACAUAGAAGACCAAGCUUGAACAAAAUGAAAUUAACUCAUCAUUCAUUAGAGCAGACUAUUUGAUGAAUUUCCAUUUCUUUCUUUUGUUAAACCUUCAAUCAGAAUGUAUUAUGUCAAUAUUGUUUAUAGAACCAUUUGUCUUUGUUGGUGGCGUAAUGUGUUUUAAAAAAAUGCAUGGUGAGAAUAUCUUUUUUUUUUUUAAUCUAAGAACUUCUUUUUAUACUAACAGAAGACCACUGCCGUGAAAACCAUAACAUUCAUGUCCUGUAGUUUGUUUUCUCACAUAUUGUACAGUCAGUGUGUAGUUCUAUGUUGUUAGACGUUGUCAUCAAAUAUUUUCCACUGGGAACAAAGAUGUGAAUAAAUGAAAACGUGUGACACAUAAA